GUGAAUGAAGUUGAUGGCUAUGAAAGAACUGCAUUACAUUAUGCGGCAGAGAGGGAUGAGUCUUGUGUUAGAAUCUUGCUGCAGGUCAGUGAAGUCAGGUUUGUAAAGGUAUUGAGGGAAUUUUAUUUUUAUUACAGGAACCUGAAUGUAAUCCUAGUUCUGCUAGAUUACAAUGCAGACAUUGAUAUCAGAAAUCGCAGGGGCCACACAGCUUUACAGAGAUCAGCUGCUGUGCAGGCCAGCGGUCUCAACAAUGAGCAAGAUGAUGCCACUCUAGAACUUCUAAUUAAAGCAUCUGGGCAGUUUGAUCUCAUGGAUGAGGAUGGUCAGCCAUUAUCGAUCAUCGCCAAAGACAACAGACUGAGUGAAAUUAUGCGACCCUUAUGCAAGAAUGCUCGCUCAUUGCUGGACUUAUGUAGAAGGCAGAUUAGGAGGUCUUUAGGGCCCAAAUUUUUACCCAAUGUGAUUCCAGCCCUGCCGGUGCCUCCAAGACUUCAGGAGUUCCUCUUGUUAAAGGACAACAAAGAGUUUCUCUGUCGCUUGGAUGACUACAGCCUCGCAGAGCACUACUCGUGA